AAGACUUGGCCCGCCUCAGGGCGGACCCGAGGACCGCGGCUUUCUGCGACCUGGCGUGAGAAGCUGGAGGACAGCUGGGCGGCAUGGUUCGGAAGCGCGCCGCGGGCAGGAGGCGGCGGGGACGGAAGCCGAAGGGUCAGGACGCUGAGGACCAGAGCGCGGCCCGGCCUGCGGAGAGCGAGGCGGAUGACUUUGAAGAUGAGAAACCAAAAUCCCCAAAGAAGUGCUUUCUCUCAAAAGUUUCCAAAGCAAAGAGGAAGAGAGGCUGCAGUGAUCCAGGGGCCCCCGCAGAUGGGCCAGUGAAAAAGAAAGUGGCCAAGGCAACUGUUAAGGCUGAGACCCUCAGUGACGGCGAAGAUGUCAGGGACUUUGCAGGUCACAUCAAGAAAGUGAAGCAUCCAGAGAGAGAGGUGAUGGACAAAGACAGUGAUGAAGACGAGGAAGAAAGUGACGGUGACUGGGAGGAGGUGGAAGAACUAACUGACCCUGUGCUGGACAUGGGAGAAAAUUCUACCUCUUCUCAGUCUGUUCUGCCUGUGAAGCCAGUGGAGAUAGAAAUUGAAACACCAGAGCAGGCAAAGACAAGAAAAAGACGUGAGAAGAUAAAGAUGGAGUUUGAGACGUAUCUGCGGAGGAUGAUGAAACGUUUCAAUAAAGAAGUGCACGAGAACAUGCACAAAGUUCACCUGCUGUGCCUGCUGGCAAAUGGCUUCUAUCGAAAUAGCAUCUGCAGCCAGCCAGAUCUGCUGGCUAUUGGCCUCUCCAUCAUCCCAACUUGCUUUACCAAAGUGCCACCUCAAGACAGGGACAUCCGCUACCUCUCCAACCUGGUGAAAUGGUUCAUUGGAACAUUCACAGUCAAUGUGGACCUUUCAACCAGUGAGCAGGACAGUCUGCAGACGACCUUGGAAAGGAGGUUUGCCAUUUACUCUGCAAGGAAUGAUGAAGAGGUGGUCCAUAUAUUUCUUUUGAUUCUCCGGGCCCUGCAGCUGCUCACCCGCCUGGUGUUGUCCCUACAGCCCAUUCCGCUGAAGUCAUCUUCAACAAAGGGGAGGAAACCUUCCAAGGAGACAUGCAAAGAUGGUCCUAGAGACUCCUCAGAACCUUCUAGGCAAGUUCCAGAAAGCCACAACAAAUCCAAGAUCAGCAGAACACACCAACAAGAGGAGCCCUUUUCUAAAGGCCGUGGCAAGGCAAGCGCUGGCCAGAAGAGCAAGACUGCUGCUUACAGCAGGCAGUGGAGAGGGCCCUCCUUCAGUGAGGAAAAGGAGCUCGGGCAGGAAACCCGGAGCCGUUCCCGGGCCCGGGUGCGGCGGGUGGCCACCAGGGUGUCUUACAAAGAGAGUGGGAGCGACAAGGCUGGCAGUAGCUCUGACUUUGAACUUUCCAGUGAAGAGGCCCAUUCUUCCUCUGAUGAGAACUCAGAGCCAGGCUCUUCAAGGCAGAAAAGGGCUCCAGCUCCUAAGAGGACAAAGGCUAGGUCUAAGGGUGGCUCCAGGACCCACCGUGGAAGCCACCGUGAGCCUCCAGGCUUUCCAGCAUCUUCGAGCUCUUCAAGCAGUAACAGGUGCAAGAAGGUUUCUAGAGGUGGUGAAGAGGCAGAAGACAGGAGAGCUGCUGGUGUAGACCAGUGGCUGGAGGUGUUCUGUGAGCCACAGGCAAAGUGGGUGUGUGUAGACUGUGUGCACGGUGUGGUAGACCAGCCCUUGGCUUGUUAUAAAUACGCCACCAAGCCCAUGACCUAUGUCGUGGGCAUUGACAGUAAUGGCUGGGUCCGAGAUGUCACUCAGAGGUAUGACCCAGCCUGGAUGACAGCAACCCGCAAGUGCCGGGUUGAUGCCGAUUGGUGGGCCAAAACCUUGAGACUCUACCAGAGCCCAUUUACGGAACGGGAAAAGAAAGAAGAUUUGGAGUUUCAGGCAAAGCAUCUGGACCAGCCUUUGCCUACAGCCAUUGGCACAUACAAGAACCACCCUCUAUAUGCCCUGAAGCGCCACCUCUUGAAAUUCGAGGCCAUCUACCCUGAGACAGCAGCAAUCCUUGGGUACUGUCGCGGAGAACCUGUCUACUCCAGGGAUUGUGUGCAUACGCUGCACUCCAGGGACACGUGGCUGAAGCAAGCAAGAGUGGUCCGGCUCGGAGAAGUGCCCUACAAGAUGGUAAAGGGCUUCUCCAACCGGGCCCGGAAAGCUCGGCUUGCGGAGCCCCAGCUACAGGACUACAAUGACCUGGGCCUCUUUGGUCACUGGCAGACAGAGGAGUAUCAACCCCCCGUGGCUGUGGACGGAAAGGUGCCUCGGAAUGAGUUUGGGAACGUGUACCUCUUCCAGCCCAGCAUGAUGCCUGUUGGCUGUGUCCAGAUGAACCUGCCUAACCUGCACCGUGUGGCCCGAAAGCUGGGCAUUGACUGCGUGCAAGCCAUCACUGGCUUUGAUUUUCACGGAGGCUACUGUCACCCUGUAACUGAAGGGUACAUUGUCUGUGAAGAAUUCAAAGAUGUACUCCUGGCCGCUUGGGAAAAUGAGCAGGCACUCAUUGAAAAGAAGGAGAAGGAGAAAAGGGAGAAGCGGGCUCUGGGGAACUGGAAGCUGCUGGUCAAAGGACUGCUCAUAAAGGAGAGGCUGAAACUCCGCUAUGGGGCCAAGAGCGAGCCAGUAGCUCCUCACACAGGUGCAGGAGGUGGACUCUCAUCUGAUGAAGAGGAGGGGACCAGCUCACAAGCAGAAACUGCCAGGGUCCUGGCUUCCUCUUGGCCACAAAACCGAGAGGCCGAAGAGCAGCAGCCCAAGUGCCCUAAGAAGACCCGGAGGAGGGCGGCUGCGGCAGCUUCCCACCUCUUCCCCUUUGAGAAGGAGUGACCUGAGUGCCUUCCUGCUCACGCAGUCCUCUGCUUCAAGUCCCAAGGCUGGGUGGCAGUUCUCUGCUGAGAAGGCAAACAGUUGAUCGGGACCCCAGGCCAAGUAGAGGUUGUGCUGCAGGUCCAUCUGGUACCAGCCCUUGCCAGAUCCCCACAGGGUAGGGCCUUGGAAGUUGACCAGAACCCACAUUAAGGCUAGGAACAGUACCCUGGGAGAUACCUUCUGACCUCUUGACCUUGUUAUUCCCAUCAUUGCAAAUGUUUAUUUUUUUCUAAAGGAUUUUAACCAUGUUGCCCAGGCUGGCUUAAAAUUCAAAAUCUUCCUGCCUCUUUGUGCUCAGGGCUGGGAUUACAGGCAUGUGCCACCACGCCUUGUCUGUUUCUUGUUUUAAAAAGCCAUCACUGGGAAAGUUCUGAAUAUUGGAGCAUUUGGGGAUGCAUCCCUCCUUUAGUGCAGCCGGAGUCUUCACACGUCAAGCUCUUGUGUCUCCACACUCCUGCAGACCAGGGUGUCUCCUGUGCAGAUCUCUCACAUGGUUUUGACUUUUGCUCAGUGCUGUCUCUGUGGUCAGGGAGACUACAAGUCCUCUCCUGUCAGAACACCUUGGGUGGGGGAUUUGUGGUGGUAGAAGACAAGAAUAGAAUUUAAAUCAAGAAUGAAGAACUUGUUGAGAAUUAUGGAAAUAUUAGUAAAAGAUUAGUCUUAAACUAGAUUUUAUUCUUUCCUGGAUAAAUUCACUUAGCUUAUCUUAUGUUAGCAGAUACUCAGGAGAAAGAACUUUUAUAAAAUCUUGAUAAAAUAAAGCAUUUACCUAGAA